CCCAGUCAAUUUAUUCAAAAUAUUACCGUGUUUUUCGCACCUGACCAUAAGACGCACCUAGGUUUUAGAGGAGGAAAACAAGAAAAAAAAUAUUCUGAACUAAUGGACUGCAGACAUAGUACAGGAGAUGACCAGAGACUGCGGACACGGUACAGGGAGAUGACCAGACACUGCGGACACAGUACAGGAGAUGACCAGAGACUGCGGACACGAUACAGGGGAUGACCAGAGACUGCGGACACGGUACAGGAGAUGACCAGAGACUGUGGAUACGGUACAGGAGAUGACCAGAGACUGCGGUCACGGUACAGGAG